AUGCUGUUACGGGCCCUUCAAAGACGUCUAAGUUGUCGGUUUUACAGUCAAGAAGCAUUUGAUGAGAAAGUGUUGGAGGUAACAACUAUGAUCAUUGUUUCAUCUGUUUAGGGAUGGGUUAAAAAGUCGAUUCGAACCGGGAAAAUCACGUUUAUGCAUGUAUAUGAUGGAAGAGCGAAUGGCACAGUGCAGGCAGUAGUACCAAAAGAAGUUGGACGUAAUUUUAAAGUUGGCAGUGCUGUCAGAGUGAAAGGAAGAUGGGUGAAGAGCCAAGGAGCUCAACAAUCUCACGAACUUCUGGCUUCUGAAGUUGAAAAAAUGGCUAAAGAUCAAGAUAUGGUAGGGAAUCUUUACUUUAUGUUAUCUAUUUAGGUUUCUCGAACAGAAUUGGAAGAUCUACGAGCUAAUCCAGAAGCGAGGUUUACUAUACCUGAGUUCGCAGCUGUCUUGAAGACAAGAUCAAGGUUGAAUCAUGCAACUCACAUGUUCUUUGAGGUAAUUUUUUAAUUCUUAUUUUUGUAAAACUGUCUCACAAUCUUUCGUUAUUUAAACUAGAAUUAACUGGUUCUUGGUUUAGGACACCGAUUAUUAUUUGAUUGAUACUCCAUUGUUAACAUUAAACGAAUGUGAAGGUGCUGGGGAAGUCUUUAAUGUCGUGACCGAUGAGGAUAAACAAUUUUUUGGAGAGAGGAAUGUGUUUCUGCCAGUAUCCGCUCAAUUGCAUCUUGAAUCUCUGAUUUGGUAAUUUGUUUAUAGUUUAACUUUAUAGUAAAGGACAGUUUAGAGCUUGCAACAUGAUUUCACCUGCAAGAUUCUAAAGCAAUAUUUUAGGCAACAUUUUUAAUUUUAGUGGCCUUCCGAACGUUUAUACAUUAGGGACAGCAUUCAGAGCCGAGAAAUGUAUGUCUUCAAAGCAUUUAUCCGAAUUCAGAAUGUUGGAAGCAGAAUCCGCUUUUGUUGACAAUCUAGACAGGCUGUGUGACAUUGUGGAAUGUUAUGUUAGGUAUAUCAUGGAGAAAUCACGAGAAUGGAAGUCAGACUUUGAGCAAUUUAAAGACGGAGAGGUAAAAAAUUAUUUUGUUUGCUAACCAGAAUAGUUGUGUACUAUUUUUACUCGUUUACUAUAUAGAGUUAUUGAAUAUUAAAUUUUUCUGUUCAGUGUUUAUGUGACAGUGACUACAGCCGACCAUUCCCUAGGAUAACAUAUAAUGAAGCGGUUGAUAUAUUGACAAAGAAAGGGAAUGUCUUGUCUCAGAGGUUAAGUAAGAAGAACGAACUUGAACUCGUGGAGAUAAUGGAAGGUCCAUUGUUCGUACAAAGGUACCCGGCCGAACAGAAACCGUUCUACAUGAGGGUCAACGAUCAAAAUCAGGUAUGAUAGUACUUCGAGACGUUCUGUUGCGAUUUGAUAUAGCAUGACAUAUAAAACUGCAUUGAUUUAUCUACGUUUAUACUAUCAAAGUUCUUGCUAUGAAUAGCAACCAAAAAUUUCAGGCAGAAUGCUUUGACCUAUUAGCCCCAGUUGUCGGAGAACUGGCUGGUGGAAGUAUCAGAGAGUAUGACAAGGAUGCUUUGAGCAAGAGGUUACCUAAACAAGACCUUGAGUGGUAUCUCAACCUCAGGUCUAACUCUUAUCCACGUUCCGGAGGCUUUGGACUGGGAAUGGAACGAUUUAUGCAAUCUCUCUUUGGCAUCCACAACAUCAAGGAUACUGUAGCGUUCCCUCGCUGGUACAAACACUGUAAAUGUUAG